UGCAGCGAGAGCAAUGAGUGCUGCCACCCCGAGUGCCUGGGCAGCUGCAGCGCGCCCGACAACGACACGGCCUGCGUGGCCUGUCGCCACUACUACUACGCCGGCGUCUGCGUGCCCACCUGCCCACCCAACACCUACCGCUUCGAGGGCUGGCGCUGCGUGGACCGCGACUUCUGCGCCAACAUCCCCAGCGCCGAGGGCAGCGACUCCGAGGGCUUCGUGAUCCACGACGGCGAGUGCAUGCAGGAGUGCCCGUCGGGCUUCAUCCGCAACGGCAGCCAGAGCAUGUACUGCAUCCCUUGCGAAGGUCCUUGCCCCAAAGUCUGUGAGGAAGAGAAGAAAACAAAGACCAUCGAUUCUGUUACUUCUGCUCAAAUGCUCCAAGGAUGCACUAUCUUCAAGGGAAAUUUGCUCAUUAAUAUCCGACGAGGCAAUAACAUAGCCUCGGAGCUGGAGAACUUCAUGGGGCUCAUUGAGGUGGUGACAGGCUACGUGAAGAUCCGCCAUUCCCACGCCUUGGUCUCUUUGUCCUUCCUAAAAAACCUUCGCCAAAUCUUAGGAGAGGAGCAGCUAGAGGGGAAUUACUCCUUCUACGUCCUAGACAACCAGAACUUGCAGCAGCUGUGGGACUGGGACCACCGCAACCUGACCAUCAAAGCUGGGAAAAUGUAUUUCGCUUUCAAUCCCAAGUUGUGUGUCUCAGAAAUUUACCGCAUGGAGGAAGUGACGGGAACAAAAGGGCGCCAGAGCAAAGGGGACAUAAACACCAGGAACAAUGGAGAGAGAGCCUCCUGUGAAAGUGAUGUCCUGCACUUCACCUCCACCACCACCUGGAAGAACCGAAUCAUUAUAACCUGGCACAGGUACCGGCCGCCUGACUACAGGGACCUCAUCAGCUUCACCGUCUACUACAAGGAAGCACCCUUUAAAAACGUUACAGAGUAUGAUGGGCAGGAUGCCUGCGGCUCCAACAGCUGGAACAUGGUGGACGUGGACCUCCCUCCCAACAAGGAUAUCGAGCCUGGCAUUUUGCUGCAUGGGCUGAAGCCCUGGACACAGUACGCUGUUUACGUCAAGGCUGUGACCCUCACCAUGGUGGAGAACGACCACAUCCGUGGGGCCAAGAGUGAAAUCUUGUACAUUCGCACCAAUGCUUCAGUUCCUUCCAUUCCCCUGGAUGUUCUUUCUGCAUCGAACUCCUCUUCUCAGUUAAUUGUGAAGUGGAACCCGCCUUCUCUGCCCAAUGGCAACCUGAGUUACUACAUCGUGAGAUGGCAGCGACAGCCCCAGGACAGCUACCUCUACCGGCACAAUUACUGCUCCAAAGAUAAAAUCCCCAUCAGGAAGUAUGCCGACGGGACCAUUGACAUCGAAGAGGUGACAGAGAAUCCCAAGACUGAAGUAUGUGGUGGAGAGAAAGGGCCUUGCUGUGCUUGCCCCAAAACCGAAGCCGAGAAGCAGGCUGAGAAAGAGGAGGCUGAGUACCGCAAAGUCUUUGAGAAUUUCCUGCACAACUCCAUCUUUGUGCCCAGACCGGAAAGGAAGCGGAGAGAUGUCAUGCAGGUUGCCAACACCACCAUGUCCAGCAGAAACAGGAACACCACAGUGGCAGACACUUACAAUAUCACCGACCCAGAAGAGCUUGAGACAGAAUACCCUUUCUUUGAGAGCAGAGUGGACAACAAGGAGAGAACUGUCAUUUCUAACCUCCGGCCCUUUACUUUGUACCGCAUUGAUAUCCACAGCUGUAACCAUGAGGCUGAGAAGUUGGGCUGCAGCGCCUCCAACUUUGUCUUUGCAAGAACCAUGCCCGCAGAAGGAGCAGAUGACAUUCCUGGGCCGGUGACCUGGGAGCCGAGGCCAGAAAACUCCAUCUUUUUAAAGUGGCCGGAGCCUGAGAAUCCCAAUGGAUUGAUUCUAAUGUAUGAAAUAAAAUAUGGAUCCCAAGUUGAGGAUCAGCGGGAAUGUGUGUCCAGACAGGAGUACAGAAAGUAUGGAGGGGCCAAGCUUAACCGGCUCAACCCAGGGAACUAUACGGCCCGGAUCCAGGCCACCUCUCUCUCUGGGAAUGGGUCAUGGACAGAUCCCGUGUUCUUCUAUGUCCCGGCCAAAAUAACAUAUGAAAAUUUCAUCCAUCUGAUCAUUGCUCUGCCGGUUGCCGUCCUGUUCAUAGUAGGAGGGUUGGUUAUAAUGUGCGUCUUCCACAGAAAAAGAAAUAGCAGCAGGCUGGGGAAUGGAGUGCUGUACGCUUCUGUGAACCCGGAGUACUUCAGCGCGGCCGAUGUGUACGUUCCCGACGAGUGGGAGGUGGCCCGGGAGAAGAUCACCAUGAGCCGCGAGCUGGGGCAGGGCUCCUUUGGGAUGGUGUACGAAGGAGUUGCCAAGGGCGUGGUCAAAGACGAGUCCGAAACCAGGGUGGCCAUUAAAACGGUGAACGAGGCCGCGAGCAUGCGCGAGAGGAUCGAGUUCCUCAAUGAGGCUUCGGUGAUGAAGGAGUUCAACUGUCACCAUGUGGUGCGGUUGCUGGGCGUGGUGUCCCAGGGCCAGCCGACCCUUGUCAUCAUGGAACUGAUGACGCGGGGGGAUCUCAAAAGUUACCUCAGGUCUCUGAGGCCAGAAAUGGAGAAUAACCCAAUCCUAGCACCUCCAAGCCUGAGCAAGAUGAUCCAGAUGGCUGGAGAGAUUGCAGAUGGCAUGGCAUACCUCAACGCCAACAAGUUUGUCCACAGAGACCUCGCUGCCCGGAACUGCAUGGUAGCCGAAGAUUUCACAGUCAAAAUUGGAGACUUCGGUAUGACGAGAGACAUCUAUGAGACAGACUAUUACCGCAAAGGAGGAAAAGGGCUGCUGCCCGUGCGCUGGAUGUCCCCUGAGUCCCUCAAGGAUGGAGUCUUCACCACUCAUUCUGACGUCUGGUCCUUUGGGGUCGUCCUCUGGGAGAUCGCUACACUGGCCGAGCAGCCGUACCAGGGCUUGUCCAACGAGCAAGUUCUCCGCUUUGUCAUGGAGGGCGGCCUUCUGGACAAGCCGGACAACUGCCCUGACAUGCUGUUUGAGCUGAUGCGCAUGUGCUGGCAGUACAACCCCCGGAUGAGGCCUUCCUUCUUGGAGAUCAUCGGCAGCAUCAAGGACGAGAUGGAGCCCGGCUUCCGGGAGGUUUCCUUCUACUACAGCGAGGAGAACAAGCCACCCGAACCGGAGGAGCUGGAGCUGGACCUGGAGCCGGAGAACAUGGAGAGCGUCCCCCUGGACCCUUCCGCCUCCUCGUCCUCCCUGCCGCUGCCUGACAGACUCUCGGGACACAAGGCCGAGAACGGCCCAGGCCCUGGAGUGCUGGUGCUCCGCGCCAGCUUCGAUGAGAGGCAGCCUUACGCGCACAUGAAUGGGGGACGCAAGAACGAGAGGGCCUUGCCUCUGCCCCAGUCUUCGACCUGCUGAUCCUCGGAUCCUGAAUCCCGUGCAAACAGUAACGUGUGCGCACGCUCGGCGGCGGGUGGGGGGGAGAGAGUUUUAACAAUCUAUUCACAGCCUCCUGUACCUCAGUGGAUCUUCAGAACUGCCAUUGCUGCCCACGGGAGACGGCUUCUCUGCAGUAAACACAUUUGGGAUGUUCCUUUUUCAAUAUGCAAGCAGCUUUUUAUUUCCCUACCCAAACCCUUAACUGACACGGGCCUUUAAGAACCUUAAUGACAACACUUAAUAGCAACAGAACACUUCAGAAUCGAGUCUCCUCACUCUCUUUCAUCUCUCUCUCUCUCUCCUUUCUCUUUCCGCUUCAUAAUGGAAAAAUAUUUGCCGCCAGCUAAGCUGAGACAUCCGUUUGACCAGACUGAGGAAAUGGUUGUCCCUCCCCGUGGCCCCACAGUGCCCCUGUACACACCUGCCUGACACCAUAGGUCUUUAUAAAAAUCAUGUUGAGAUGGAACUUUUUAAUUGUAUCUUUAACCUUUUUAGGGACACAAGUAAUUUAAAAAGGGCCAUCAUUCACCCAAGGUUGUCACCAUUUUAUCGCUGCCAAAUUCUACCAAAACGCUGAAGUUUCUCCCUCACAAUCCUUGCACUUACUUUCUUGUUCCCAGAGGCACGGGGCGCGUGUGCUAUCUAGUCACUCCGUUGAAGAGCCUCGUUGGUGAUGCACUCCAUCCCAUCAUCCCCUGGCGUUCUCUUCGGGUGUCAUGUUCACACAGGUCCUACUGCUUUUGACUAGGCUAUUACUGGGGGAACUGGACAGAAUGGGAUUUCUCUUGGUGAAGAUGGGGAGAAGCCGAACUGGCUUCCCUGGCCCACUUCCCUACCCCUACUCUUAUCCCCACAGGAAUUCUGGAGAAAACAGGCCCUGUCGAGAACCUGGAAGACAGGCUUUGGGUAAAGGUUUUCCAUGUGCCAGUCUCCUGUCCCUGCUCCCAGCCCGCCAAGACACAGAUGGGAAGGGGUUUCCAGGGACUCAGCCCAACUGUUUAUGCAGGUUUGCAAGGGAAGAAAUUCAAACACCACACAAAACAGUAAGAAGAAAAGCAGUAAAUGAAUUCAAGCAUUCUAAGCUUUGUUGACAUUUCCUCUGUUACUAGGACUUCUUCAUGGGUCUUACAGUUCUAUGUUAGACCAUGAAACAUUUGCAUACACAUCGUCUUUAAUGUCACUUUUAUAACUUUUUUACGGUUCAGAUAUUCAUCUAUACGUCUGUACAGAAAAAAAAAGCUGCUAUUUUUUUUGUUCUUUAUCUUUGUGGAUUUAAUCUAUGAAAACCUUCAGGUCUACCCUGCUUCCCUUUCUGCUCACUCCAAAAAACUUCUUAUGCUUUGUA